ACAAGGGUCGACAUGUCAAAACCGGACAGUUGGCAGCCAUCAAAGUCAUGGACGUGACUGAAGAUGAAGAAGAGGAGAUUAAGCUGGAGAUUAACAUGCUGAAGAAAUACUCUCAUCACAGAAACAUCGCCACGUAUUACGGCGCCUUCAUCAAGAAGAGUCCUCCAGGACACGACGACCAGCUGUGGCUGGUGAUGGAGUUUUGUGGAGCUGGUUCGAUCACAGACCUGGUGAAGAACACUAAAGGGAAUACCCUGAAGGAAGAAUGGAUCGCGUACAUCUCCAGAGAAAUCCUCAGGGGUUUGGCCCACUUACACGCUCAUCACGUCAUCCACAGAGACAUUAAGGGCCAAAAUGUGCUUCUGACUGAAAACGCUGAGGUCAAGUUAGUGGACUUCGGCGUCAGCGCUCAGCUGGAUCGAACCGUGGGCCGCAGGAACACCUUCAUCGGGACGCCGUACUGGAUGGCUCCCGAGGUCAUCGCCUGCGACGAGAACCCAGACGCCACGUACGACUACAGGAGCGAUCUGUGGUCCUGUGGGAUCACGGCGAUAGAGAUGGCCGAGGGCGCUCCUCCGUUGUGCGAUAUGCAUCCCAUGCGAGCGCUCUUUCUCAUACCCAGAAAUCCUCCGCCCAGACUCAAGUCCAAGAAAUGGUCUAAGAAGUUCUUCAGCUUCAUCGAGGGCUGUCUGGUGAAGAACUACACGCAGCGGCCGCCCACCGAUCAGCUGCUGAAGCACCCCUUCAUCAGAGACCAGCCCAACGAGAGGCAGGUGCGCAUCCAGCUCAAAGACCACCUGGACCGCUGCCGCAAGAAGCGCGGAGAGAAAGACGAGACCGAGUACGAGUACAGCGGCAGUGAGGAAGAGGAGGAGGAGGCUCAGGAGCAGGAGGGAGAGCCCAGCUCUAUCGUGAACGUGCCGGGCGAGUCGACUCUGCGGCGGGACUUCAUCCGUCUGCAGCAGGAGAAUAAGGAGCGCUCGGAGGCCCUGAGACGCCAGCAGCUCCUCCAGGAGCAGCAGCUCCGCGAGCAGGAGGAGUACAAGCGGCAGCUGCUGGCCGAGCGACAGAAGCGCAUCGAGCAGCAGAAGGAGCAGAGGAGGCGUCUGGAGGAGCAACAGAGACGCGAGCGCGAGAUGAGGAGGCAGCAGGAGCGAGAGCAGAGGAGGAGAGAGCAGGAGGAGAAGAGACGCCUGGAGGAGAUGGAGAGGAGGCGCAAAGAGGAGGAGGAGCGCCGAAGGGCAGAGGAGGAGAAGAGGAGGGCUGACCGCGAGCAGGAGUACAUCCGCCGGCAGCUGGAGGAGGAGCAGAGGCACCUGGAGAUCCUGCAGCAGCAGCUGCUACACGAACAGGCCAUGCUACUGGUGGAUGAGCGUCACCGGAGGAGCGUGCAGGGCUCUCCUCAGGCCGCCGUCAUGCAGAAGCAGCCCCCCGCCGUGCCGCCGCGCUCAGAGCCCUUCUCCAACAGCAGCAGCAGCGCGGCCGAACCCAGCCACCGGCCCCCCGACCCGCAGGAUUUGACGGCCCUCGCUAAAGAGCUGCGUGCCGUGGAGGACGUGCGUCCGCAGCACAAAGCCACCGACUACUCCUCCUCCAGCGAUGACUCCGGGACCACUGACGAUGAAGACGACGAGGAGGUGGAUCAGGACGUGGGAGAGGAGUCGACGUCCGGCCCGGAGGACUCCCGCGGAGGCUCGUCCAGACUCAGUAAUGGUGAGAUGGUAGCAGCGAAGACGAUGGUUGUCCAAGACGACGACGCCUCCUCUACGCCGUGCAAAGACAGCACGCUGGUCAUGCGACAGUUCCAGAGAUCAGGGCCUGUGACAGUGUUGGGUUCAGGCUGGAAAGACUCUCCUAGUCCCAGUCCUGUAGAGAUUGGGCAGAGGAACUGCAUUAGGGGUCGAAAUCCCCUGCUGCCCGACCUGCUCCAGCAGAGUCAGCGCUCUCCCCCCUCUUCCUCCUCUCCCAGCAGCCCUGCCCUGUCCCCCCUCAGUCCCUCGGACAGAGUCCCGUGCCUUGCAGAGACUCCCACCGUGCCGAAGCACAAGUCUUCCUCAUCUUUCACACCCUUCAUUGACCCGCGUCUCCUCCAGGUCUCUCCAUCCACCGGCAGCGCGCUCAAUAAUGCUGGUUACAGUAAUGACGCUCGACUGCAGGAGGCUCUGCGGCAGGACGCGUCUCGUAAGGGAUCGGUGGUCAACGUCAAUCCUGUCAACACACGGCCACAGAACGACACGCCAGAGAUCCGCAAGUACAAGAAGAGGUUCAAUUCAGAGAUCCUGUGCGCUGCUCUCUGGGGUGUGAAUCUGUUGGUUGGGACGGAGAGCGGCCUCAUGCUGCUGGAUCGCAGCGGUCAGGGGAAAGUCUACCCGCUCAUAAGCCGCAGACGCUUCCAGCAGAUGGAUGUUCUGGAGGGACUCAAUGUGCUCGUGACGAUAUCAGGGAAGAAGAAUAAAUUGCGGGUGUACUAUCUGUCCUGGCUGAGGAACAAGAUCCUCCAUAAUGACCCUGAGGUGGAGAAGAAGCAGGGCUGGACCACCGUAGGAGAUCUAGAGGGCUGUGUGCACUACAAUGUUGUGAAGUACGAGAGGAUCAAGUUCUUGGUUCUGGCCCUGAAGAAUUCAGUAGAGGUGUACGCGUGGGCUCCCAAACCGUACCAUAAAUUCAUGGCUUUCAAGUCGUUCGGUGAUCUGGUGCACAAGCCGCUGCUGGUUGACCUCACAGUUGAAGAAGGCCAAAGGUUAAAGGUCAUCUAUGGGUCCUGCUCUGGCUUUCAUGCUGUGGAUGUGGACUCAGGAGCCGUCUAUGACAUUUAUCUGCCAACUCACAUUCAGACCAGUAUUCAGUCGCAUGCCAUCAUCAUCCUGCCAAACACGGAUGGCAUUGAGCUGCUGGUGUGUUAUGAAGACGAGGGCGUGUAUGUCAACACCUACGGCCGCAUCACCAAAGACGUGGUGCUCCAGUGGGGCGAGAUGCCCACCUCCAUCGCUUAUAUCCGCUCUAACCAGAUCAUGGGCUGGGGAGAGAAGGCCAUAGAGAUCCGCUCGGUGGAAACAGGCCACCUGGAUGGAGUUUUCAUGCACAAACGAGCACAACGGCUCAAGUUUCUGUGUGAGAGGAAUGACAAGGUCUUCUUUGCGUCUGUGCGUUCUGGAGGCUCGAGUCAGGUGUACUUCAUGACGCUGGGCCGCACCUCCCUGCUCAGCUGGUAAAGCAGGAGUCUGAGCUGCUGAUGGAGUUUCUCGACGCGAUCCGCUGAGGCCAGGCCACACGAACGGCCCGAGCCCGCUGGAGGACUGACAAACCGGCAAACACACUAACUGAGCCUGCUGCGUGAGGAACGGCUCGAGUAUCUCCAGUAUUAUUGCUAGUCUGUGUAAAUGUCUUUCUCUAGAGUUUAACACAAUCUGACUCCGCUGAGAGGAGCGCUGACAUCCUGCUGUCACAAAUAGUGUUCUGACAAUAGUGAAACACAAAAUGGCUUUGUUAUGUCAUGUUGUUUUUUUAUUUUUAUUUAUGGCUUGUAUUUAUUUCUAGCUUGUUUUUUUAUUAGUACUUGUUUUUACUAAGCAGAGUAGUUCCAGUAAU